AUCAGAACUUCAUUCGACCAAGCAAAAUAGAGCACAAGAACACACACCGAUUUUGCCGCCAAAAUCCGAAUAUGCUCUGUGUACCUCUCCGUUCUAUCUCUCCUCACCCGAAAAUCCCACUUAGAUCGCAAGCCAAACUGUUAAGAUUCUUGCCAACAACCCGUUUUGUUCAUUUUCAUCAUCGUCGUAAAGAUUUGAACAAAAUUAAUCACAGGAGUAAUGGAUAUAGUCAUCGUCCUUGUCCUUGUUCGAAUUCUGAUACGGGGGUUUUCAGUUCGAGCGAAGAAGAGUUCGAUAUGGAAUUGGGACGCCUGUUGAGGCUGUUGCCGGAGGAGAUGCGGCGGAGAGUUAACGAACAUCAAGAACUUCACCAAUUGAUCGAGGUCGUUAUGGAUUUGGGUCGGAAACCCCUGGCUCGAUUUCCUUCUGGGGAUUUUGUCUUAUCAGAACAUUUGAUCACAGUGGAUGAUCUCGAACACGCUACUUCAUUGGUAGGCGAUUUCGCCAUUGAUAAUCGAGCUGGCAUUAGCAGAACAUUGCACCGAAUUAGUGCCAUUAGAAACCGCAAAGGUGCAAUUAUCGGGCUAACCUGUCGUGUUGGUCGAGCUAUAUCAGGAAGUGCCAAAUUACUUCAAGAUCUAGUUAAAGAUGGAGCUUCUUUACUCCUUAUCGGACCUCCAGGAGUUGGAAAAACUACAAUUAUCAGGGAUGUCGCUCGAAUGCUUGCAAAUGAAUACAAAAAACGCGUCAUGAUUGUCGACACCUCAAAUGAAAUCGGUGGAGAUGGUGAUAUACCUCAUGCAGGUAUAGGUAAUGCUCGAAGGAUGCAAGUUCCUGAUUCUGAUAUGCAACAUAAGGUGUUAAUCGAAGCAGUUGAAAAUCACAUGCCUCAAGUGAUUGUAAUCGAUGAAAUUGGGACAAAACUUGAAGCAGCAGCUGCAAGUACUAUUGCACAACGUGGGAUUCAGUUAGUUGCAACUGCUCAUGGAAUUACAAUAGAGAAUUUAGUCAUGAAUCCUUCUUUAGAAAUGCUUGUUGGAGGAAUUCAGAGCGUGACUCUUGGAGAUGAUGAAGCAAAUCGAAGAGGUGUUCAGAAAUCAGUUUUGGAAAGAAAAGGUCCUUCUACUUUUGAUUGUGCUGUUGAGAUCAUUUCUAGGGUUGAAUUGAGAGUUCAUACUAGUCUUGAAGCUACAGUCGAUGCUAUUCUCUCUGGUCGUUCCCCAAAAUAUCAAAUUUGCAAGUUAAACGACGGAGUUUUGGAUGCUACUUUACAAAGUGAUCAAAUUGUUCCCGAUUCAUUUGUCAAGAAGAGUGUCGCUACAAUUGAAAUGACAAAUGACCAUCUUACCCCUGACAAACACAUAUCCAAAGAGUCUCAAAGCGAAAAAGACAAGUCUUAUGAUACACAUAAACCACCCUUGUGUUUAUUUCUGUAUGGGGUUUCAGAAACAAGUGUGAUGCAAGUUUUUAAACACUUAAAGAUGGAAUCUGCUGUGGAUUUUACUGAAAAUAUUAGUGAAGCUGAUGCAAUAAUUGCAUUACUUUCAAAAAUCAAGAAAAAUUCUCGGAUUCAAGCUGCUGCUCACUCUAGUGACGUACCUAUUUAUGUCACCAAAACAAGUGCAUUGAUGCAGUUAACGAAGGCUAUAGAAGCAUUAGUGAGUGAUUAUGAUAAUGAAUUUGAAGAUAUUGAAGAUGAGUCUCCGAUUAAUGAAUCAGAGAAGACUGAUGCUUUGGAGGAGGCAAGGAUUGCAAUUGAACAAGUUGUAAUCCCGAAAGGGGAAUCUGUGGAAUUACUUCCUAGAUCAUCUAAUAUAAUGUUACUUCAAAAAGAUCUUAUUCGUAAAUACAAACUACAAUCACAACAAAUUGGCUCUGAGACAACAACAGAUGUAAGAAUUCGUAUCUUACCUUUUCAAGCUAAAAAACAAGAUACAAAUCCUGAAAGGACUGAUGAUGAUGAUGAUGAUGAAAUCAGUGAGUUUGACUUGUCAAACACAAAUGGCUCCCCCUACCCAGUGGACAGAUUGCCACUCUUGCCUGAUUAGAUAAUACGUUAUGUAAUUAUUUUCAUUAUUCUUUUUUUUUUUGAUAAAUACCACUUACUGUUGACUUUUAUAGUAAAUAUAUUUUGUGGGAAAAAUUAAUAAAGAAUUGGUAAAAGAUAAGGGC